CACACGUGCUUUCCUAGUCGUCACCCUGCCAGCCACUGCGAUACCAGGUACAGCGGCUCUGAUGCAACAACAAAGCUGCAUGAUUGAAUUGGUUGGGCAACAAAAAGAACGGGUUGUGCCACGAUGAACUCCACGGUCUCGGAGCGGAGAGCGCAUACCGUGGAGAUGGCUUGGAGUUAAAUUUUUAAGGGUUAACUCCCAACCAGAGCGUAAACAAGACUGCUUCCGACGCUGCUGGUUGUGUUGACGUUGACGAUGGCACUUUCCUUUUUUCGAACGACCGUCUCCAAGCGACAGAGCUAUUAGCAAUAAGACCGCAACUACAAAUAAAGAAACCAUGUUGGCACCCCCCGCAGUAGAAGCAGACGUGAAUGAUGAUGUUCCCUUGGGAGGCAACACCACCAACAACGACGAGAACAACGAUGCCAACAGCAUUCACAACGAUGACCCGCAAUCGGCCGCUCUAGAAGAAGGCGCUGGGGACCUCUCGGAACCCGUUACCCCUGCGGAACAAUCACCCGGAGCUGAUAAGGACGACGACGACGUGACUGUGAUUGUGUUGGACCACAGUCCUGAAGAUGCCAACGGUCAACGAUUGACCAUUGCCUGGACGGGGGAAGCAGGACCUCAGGUAGAAGAACGCCGCCGCCAGAUUAUGCUGCAAGAGCUCCAACGAGUCCAGCGCACAUCGUUCUUGCACUUUUUGAUUCUAUGCUUAAUUCCCACGGUGCUACUCUUCAUCGUGAUCGCGACUGUCAUUAGCGAAGACGAAGAGUGCUUCUCAGAGGCAACUGUCUGUCACAAGGAAGCCAGAAGCUUUAUUAAUGCCUUUACGACUCGAUGCGUCUGUGAAGCUAUUGCCGUUCCCAGGUCAGGAUGAAGAGGACGAUGAAACCAACCUUUUUUGCGCAGUCAGUUCAGGUUUUCAAGUCAAGAAAAGGGUGAUUAUUCCAGCUCAUGAUCAGAAGUCGAAGUUCACGAACAGGAUGUAUUUACUUGUAUUUAUUAGGUCGAUAAGCAUUUCAGCAGCAUAAGAUGCACAUUUUAUUUUCU